AUAUAUGUAGCAAGCUAUUGCUAAUAUAAUAACUUUGGUAGGUUAAAUAAAUCUAAAAUAAAUAUCCGCUUUUAAUUAAAUUCCAUCAAAACCAUAUUAAUAUUUAUUAUAGUUGUUAUAUCAUAGCAAUUAUUUAUCAUAAGAUAUUGCAGUUCCACAAUGAAUAAGUUGCCACGAGCUUUUUGUUCUCUGCGGAAAAACCAUAGAUUCAUACUGCCUUUGUCAUUUGUUCCAUUAAAUAAUACUCAAAGAGUUAUAAGGAGUUAUUGUAAAAACAAUGAAAAACAACAGAAAGAAAUGGUGGUAUCCACUAUAUCAUCUGAUCAAGAUGACCACCAAUAUGAAGAAAAUGUAAAAGAACAUAUAUUAGCAAAGGCUCUAGAGUUUGUCCCUAAGACUGGCUGGUCUAUAGAGUCACUAAGCCAAGGUGCUGAAGCUGCUGGUUACCCAGGCAUCACACAUGGCCUAUUUCCAAAUGGUGGUGGUGAUCUAGUCCAUUAUUUCAAUGUUAAAUGUAAUGAACAGUUGGUGGAGCAAAUUAAAUCUUGGCCUAAAGAAGGAUUAAAGGAGUCAAAAUUACCAGUUCAGCUUAUCGAAAAUGCAAUUAUGACAAGGCUUUUAAUGAUUCAACCUUAUAAGAGUACGUGGCCUAAAGCGAUGGCAAUACAGACACUUCCUAAUAAUGUACCAAAUAGCUUAGCCACGUUACUUUCCCUCGUGGACGACAUUUGUUAUCAUUCAGGCGAUCGUAGUGUUGACUUCAACUGGUACAUUCGACGAGUGGGACUUGCUGGUAUAUAUAAAGCGUCAGAAUUGUUUUACCUAACUGACAGUAGUCAAGACAGUACUGCUACAAGGAACUUUGUAAAAUCUCGAAUAAGAGAUGCAGAAUUGAUCCAGACAGCACUCAACAUGAACCCUGUAUCAGUAGCUCCACAAACUUUAUCCGCUGCAUUUGUAACGGCCAAAAAUAUGCUGGGGCUAAACACUCUGAAGUAAAAUCGAAGAUUCAAAUUGAUUACAACAAGACAGUACCUAUUCUUUUUUGUUAAAUAAACAGUUUUAGUUUAUAUUGUUUUAUUUAUUUAUUUUCAUUAGAAUAUUCCAAGGUUACGAACAAUAACAUUAAUCACAGUACAAAUUUGUUACCCUAAUUUUUUCAUUAUUUUCUCGCUGUAUAAAUUCUAUAAACAGUUGAUAAUAAUAGGAUAUGGAUAUGGUAUAAGGACCUAGAAAAUAUCGAAAGUCUUAAGGCACGAUAUAUUUGAGUCACUGACUAUGAUGGAACUAUGUAAUCACUUCCCAAAGAUACGUAAGAUAUAAGGCUUGGUGGUAAUGGUAACUUUUCCCAUACGUUUGUUGCAACUGUUUUCCGUAUAACAAAUCUGCAUAUCAUUUGUAGGGAGUCUAGUCUUGCAAACCUGAAACAAAAAAUAUCAGAAAAUAAAUAUUAGCAAAAUUGCAUGUGCCUGUGAUGACCGUGGAACUGAGAUAUGGUCCUUUUCUUCCGCCAUAGGAGAAAGUUCAAGCAAACUGGAUGACUAGACUAUACUCAGACCCUUAUAUAAUCCAUAACGAUAAAAUUCACAGUAGAAUCAGAGGAAUCGAUAUAGCCUAAUGCAGCGGUCAUCAAAUGGCGGACCGCGGUCCGGACCGCCACGCCGAGCUAUUUUUUACGGACCCAGAAGAAUCUAAAAAUAUAAUUGUAAAAAAUUUGUGGUAAUUCAAUUUUCUUCUGUUUUAAAACACGAAAAUUCGGAAGUUCUUUGCAAAGAAUUUUAGAUAAAAUCGAUGUAUAGUAAUAAAUACCCAGAACUAAAAAAUUGACUUCGAAAAUUUGUACAAUGUUAGGAUCAACAUAUAUUUACAAAGCAGCGUUUUGCAAGAUGAACUUCAUCAAAAAUAAAUUUCCAUCUCGUCUUGCCUGUGACUAUCUCCAGGAUUUUAUGGCAUAGCUUGCACUAACUUAAUAUCCGACUUCAGACAGAUUGUUCAGAUUAAAAAAUGCCAUUUUCUACAGACUUCAAAAAGGAGGUACUAAAUUCGACUGCAUGCUUUUAUCUUUUUUUUUGUACCUCAUAACAUUUUUUCUGGGUGAACCGAUUUCCGAUUUUUUUAUUUUUUAUUUGAAAGCUAGUGCUCAUGUGAUCCUAUAUAAAUUUGAUCAAGGUCUGACCGAUAGUUUAUGCGUCAUUCUUAAUAAUUAAUAUUAAAGCCGGUUGUACAAAAUUUUUAAUUUUAAAUUAUUUGGCUUAUUAAUGAGUUACUUUACUUUGAUUACUUUGUUAUUUUUUUAAUAAGAUGUAUACUUAAUAAAAUAAUAUUUUG